AUGAAUCCACACUAGCAAGGAAAAUCUGCUCUACUCUGUGUAGCAAACGGAUCAGAAGAUCUAGAGACCGUGACUAUAAUAGAUAUAUUACGAAGAGCUGAUAUACCUCUUACGUUAGCUAAAGUCUAUAGCAAAGAAGAGAAGCAUAUAGCUUCUGAUAUGAAUAUAAAUUUAAUGUGCAAACUCAUGAUGGGUACUUUGAUUGAUGUGUUUGCUGAGAGCAAAGAAUUGCACACAAUGCUAAGCAAAUAGAUAGAAUAAGACAGACACAUUGCUGCCAUUUGUGCCAGUCCAGCGAAGGUCUUGGUACCCUUUGGAAUCCUAACUGAUUAAAAAGCAACAUGCUAUCCUACUAUGAAUAAUAUUAUAAAGAAUAAGUCAUGCAUCCUUGAUAAGGUUGUGGUAGAUGGAAACCUAAUUACUAGCUAAGGUCCAGGAACUGCAGCAUUAUUUGCAUUAAAAAUAGUUUAGAUAUUAAAAGACAAAAAGACUGCUCAAAAUGUAGCCUAGGGAGCAUUAAUUGAUUUGCAAGUUUGA